AUGCGAUCUGAUGAAAUGAGAUCAAGCUGUUCGGAAUUCAGUUUGUUGACUUCCUCUAUUUCUGAAAAUGACACACAUAACCAUAGUUACGUAAAUACAAUAUUUAAAAAUGCGGAAUUAGACCAUAAUGAUGUGUUUGUGUCAGCAUUUGGGAAAAAGGGAAGUCAUGCCGGUGAUUUCCAAGAUGCCAAACAUAUCACAUAUCUUUCAAAUGGAGAACUUUUCAUAACUGAUUUGAUAAACGACCGUUUACAAAUUUGCAGCGUCGUAUCUUCUUCUGUGACAAUAUUUUCGCCAGGUGAAAUAAAACAGCCCUGGGCAACUGCAGUAACCAUAGAUGGCAACAUUGCUGUGACAUCAUGUAAAGAAAGGUGUGUAAAAAUAUUUAAUUUGAAAGGAUUGUACAUUGAAAAGUUUGGUCAAAACUAUCUUAUUCGCCCAACAGGACUUGCGGUUGACAACGAAGGAAAUUUUAUUGUUUGUGACUCUGUCAUUAAUAAAGUCUCUAUGUUCGACAAACAUGGAACAUUUAUUCGCUUUCUGGGAAAUUCCUUCAUACAUGAAGAAUGUUUCAGUUCACCACGUUAUGUCUGUGUCUCCAUUACUGGAGAAAUUAUUGUGUCUGACUGUGGACAUCAUAAAAUUAAAGUAUUUGACUCAGAUGGUAGUUUCGUGCGGUCGUUCGGGUCCUUUGGAACCGGCGAUAAGCAGUUCAAAUGUCCAUACGGUGUAAGUACAAACAAGUACGGUGAUAUCUUUAAACGAAAAUGUUCUACUGUAAUAAAUUAGGCAUGCACAUACAUAUUAAAGUGAUUGUUGUGUUAUUAUACAAUAACCCCGUCAUUUCUAAUUUGAUUAUAGCCAUUAGCAUAUUUAUCUGUUCUUUUUUUUAUACUUUAAUUAUGGGUCAGACUGGCCAUUACCUCUCCGGCAUAAUAAAAAAUACUUCAUAUUUUACAUAAAAAUAGAAUCAUUUUACAUACAUUGUAAGCAGUAGUCUCAAAUGUAAAAUUUGAAAAACAGGUUUUGGCCAGAAUUCUUGAUAAUAAAUUCUGUAAAAAGAUCCCCUUUGGAAGCACAGAAUGC